GUACCAAGCCUCUUCUCUUCUCGCAAGUCCCCAGGUCCAAAUCCAACCUCGUCGAGCCGCCGCCGCCGCCGCCGCCCCCCAAGUCCCAGGAAACGCGGCGGAACCUCCCCUCCCACGGUCCAGGCCUCAUCGUCUUCUCCCGUCGCUUCGCGUCUCCUCCUGCUUCGGUGACGCCAACCAGUUCUCGCGGCCUCGAACCGGGAGGGCGAAGGUUUGAACCUACUUUAGACAUAUACAAUAAAUAUGGCUGCGGUUGAUACAGCUACCAAGGAGAUGGUGGCAUUGCAUGUUGGACAAAAUGAGGAAACCAAAGAGAAUAUGAUUGAAGAAGGAAAAGCUGCAAACAGCAAUGUUGCAGUUCCUGCAGCUCAGUCCUCACCACCAGAGGAUGAUGAUGAAGCACAAGCUGAUGGUGCAUCUCAAGAUGGAGCACCAGCAUUUCGGGCUCAGUUAGUCUAACAGUUGUUUCUGAAAUGGAUAUUAUUCAGAAGCUGAGAAGAAGAAGAAAAACAAAUCCAAAAAGAAGGUGAAAUCCAGCAAUAUAAGGAUGAUAAUUUAUGGAGAACAACUAGCGAGGAAAAGAGGGACCUGGAACGACUUCAAAAACCAAUAUACAACUCUGUACGCCGAGCAGCAGAAGUUCAUAGACAGGUGCGGAAAUAUAUGAGAAGCAUUAUUAAGCCUGGAAUGUUAAUGAUUGAUCUAUGUGAAACAUUGGAAAAUAUGGUCCGGAAACUUAUCAAGGAAAAUGGACUCCAAGCUGGCAUUGCCUUUCCAACUGGAUGCUCCUUGAAUUAGGUUGCAGCCCAUUGGACCCCAAAUGCUGGUGACAAAACUGUGCUGCAAUAUGAUGAUGUGAUGAAGCUGGAUUUUGGAACACAUAUAGAUGGGCACAUUGUUGAUUGUGCAUUUACUGUUGCAUUUAAUCCGAUGUAUGGUCCAUUGCUUCAAGCAACAAGAGAUGCCACAAAUACUGGGAUCAAGGAAGCUGGAAUAGAUGCAAGGCUUUGUGAUGUUGGUGCUGCAAUCCAGGAAGUAAUGGAGUCAUAUGAGGUUGAAAUCAACGGAAAAGUUUUCCAAGUAAAAAGUAUUCGGAACCUCAAUGGACACAGCAUUGCGCCUUAUCAGAUCCAUGCUGGAAAAUCAGUUCCGAUUGUGAAAGGUGGGGAGCAGACAAAAAUGGAGGAGGGAGAGUUUUAUGCAAUUGAAACUUUUGGAUCUACCGGAAAGGGAAUUGUCAGGGAGGACUUGGAAUGCAGCCAUUACAUGAAGAACUUUGAUGUUGGGCAUGUGCCUUUGAGGAUGGCAAAGGCUAAGCAGCUACUUGGGACCAUCAAUAACAACUUUGGAACACUCUCUUUCUGCCGCCGGUACUUGGACCGCCUUGGUGAGACAAAGUACCUCAUGGCUCUGAAAAGUCUAUGUGAAAAUCAUAUUGUUCAGCCAUACCCUCCAUUGUGCGACGUGAAAGGGAGCUAUGUCUCACAGUUGGAGCACACCAUCUUACUCUGGCCAACCUGCAAAGAGGUCAUUUCGAGAGGCGACGACUACUGAUUGCUGCUGCAGCGGAUCCUCUUUGUACCGGUUGUUUAUGCAAGAGUACACCGUUUUUGCGCAACCUGUGUACCAUCUGUUUAUGGACUAAUAGGACACAUCACAUUUGGAAUUUUGGAUGAAUAAUUUGGCAGUCUUGCUAUAUUAUUUUGAGUUUGGAAUAUAUGGAACGUGCAUUUUUUCAUUGAGGUGAAAUUGGUUCCCUC